GUUCACAGUCGGUUAACGACUCACGCAGACUCUGUCAGGUCUUCCUUUUUUUGCAGAGUGAAAGCAGGUCAGACUGAAUUCUCCUGGAUUAUCUAAGGAUUUUGUCUAACUUGACACUUCAACGAGAGGAUAACAGUAGUGCUGGUCAAGACACAGGAUGUCUGCACUGUGUCGUCUGAGGCAGUGCCAGGCCAAAGGCAUUGCUAUCUCUUAUCUUCACACGGGUAGCAGUGUCUCUGCCAAACAUCAUUACAAAAUGCUCGUGCUCGGAGGAGGAAGUGGGGGCAUUACAAUGAGUGCACGAAUGAAGAGGAUGAUGGGAGCUGAGAAUGUGGCUGUUGUGGAGCCCAGCGAGAUGCACUACUAUCAGCCAAUCUGGACGCUGGUUGGUGCUGGGGCAAAAACUGUGGCCUCAUCAGGGCGUUCCACUGCGAGUGUUGUGCCGUCUGGAGUAAAGUGGGUGAAAUCUAAAGUUCAGGAAAUCAACCCAGAUGCAAAUACUGUCCGCACAGACGAUGGGACUGAAAUCUCCUAUGAGUAUUUGAUCGUGGCUCUUGGUUUACAACUCCAUUAUGAGAAGAUUAAAGGACUGCCAGAAGGAUUUGAGCAUCCAAAGAUUGGGUCAAACUACUCAGUCCAAACUGUGGAGAAAACGUGGAAAGCGCUGCAGGACUUCAAAGAGGGCAACGCUGUUUUCACUUUCCCAAAUACUCCUGUGAAAUGUGCUGGAGCUCCACAGAAGAUCAUGUACCUAACAGAUGCCUAUCUCAGAAAGACAGGAAAAAGAGCGAAGGCCAAUGUAAUAUACAACACAUCUCUACCUGUGCUCUUUGGCAUCAAAAAAUAUGCUGAGUCAUUGUGGGAUAUUGUGAAACAACGUGACCUACAAGUGAACCUGAGGCACAACCUGAUUGAAGUGCGGGCAGACAAGCAAGAAGCUGUGUUUGAAAAUCUUGAUAAACCGGGCGAAACCAAAGUGUUUGAGUAUGAAAUGCUUCAUGUCACUCCACCAAUGGGACCCAAUUUGGUGAUUAAAGGCAGUCCACUGGCAGAUCCGGUGGGUUGGUUGGAUGUCAACAGAGACAACCUCCAACAUAAUAGGUAUCCAAAUGUGUUUGGGAUUGGAGACUGUACCAAUCUGCCCACAUCCAAAACGGCCGCUGCUGUUGCUGCUCAGUCUGCUAUAUUGAACAGAACCAUCAGCAAAAUACUGAAAAAUGAGAAGCCAGAUAAGAAGUAUGAUGGCUACACUUCAUGUCCGUUGGUCACGAGCUACAACACGGUAAUUCUGGCAGAGUUUGACUACAAUAACCAACCACUGGAAACAUUCCCCAUCAACCAAGCCAAAGAAAGAAGACUCAUGUACUACAUGAAAGCUGAUGUGAUGCCUCACCUCUAUUGGCACGGGCUUUUAAAGGGCCUAUGGGGUGGACCAGGACCAUACAGGAAACUCUUUCAUCUUGGGAUGAAAUGAAACCUCACCAUCACUUUGCAAGUUAAUACUGUACUUUCCCUAAACUUCUAGGGUAAGAAGUAGCACAUUCAAUCGAGGAUGGACACAUAUUGUGGCUAGUACGAUGGUAAUAUUUAUGGCCUGGACAUCAUGACUAAUCACAAUAAGUUUGGUCAUGUUAUCAUCAAUAUUUAAAUGUCUUGCUUUAGUUAAACCUGCAGUAAGUGGUGCAUUUAUGUUACCAUGGAAUAAAAUGACUCCCUGUAAUGAGAAAAAGUCACUUGACUCUGCAGCUCUAUGUAGCUUUUAGCUGCUUUUGGUUCUUUUGGCAGCACGUUGAAUGUACGAUCUUGCUGCUUUCAUCAACCUUAUUAUCCAACCAGCAAAAAGUUUGUAGAAGAUUCUUUGAUUUGCAACCCUAGGUGUACCAGUGUGCUUUCAUAAGCCAGUACGUUUCCCCACAGCCUAAUUGAGGUUAGCCAGGCUCUUCCAAUGUUUAUUCAACUUCUUGCUGCAGAGUAAAUAAUCCUUGUUGUUCAUGUACAUCCAAUAAACUGACCAAUAUUAGCCUUUUUAAAACAGCCACAAAGUUUAAAUGAACAAUUAAAAAUGUUGAUGCUUUGGGACACUUACAUGGUAAUUUGUUUUUGCAGGAUAUGGGAGGGAUGCCCACCUCUACAGCUUUAAUCAUUGUCUGCCAGUCAUUAAGAGUGUUGUGUUGACAGUAAUCACUAAGCACAAUAUUUAAAUAUUCUAUUUUUCCAAAUUCUUCACAAGAACUUGUGUACAUUGGUGAACGUUAGUUAUUAUGUGUGUAGUUUCUUAAGGAUUUUAAUAGUCUAGAGUCUUCUCCAACUUACAUGCUAAAGCAUCCAGUCUGAAAAUGUAUUUGUUUCCACAGCACAAUGUUAAUCAUUUGUGCUACCAAACAUUUUGUAUGAGAGGUUGUCUUUGGAAAUACUUACCCAUCAACAUCAAAACUAAGUGCUUUUUCUUAGAUCAGAAAUAGAGUUUUGUACAUAGAUUAUUUUUCUAUCAGUGCUUAACCGAGUCAUAAACAUCUAGAUGACUAUGUAGUUGGUGCUAACAUCAUUAUCGUAUUAAAAAUAUGCAUUUAAUUAUUAAAAUCUGUGUACAAAACCUGCUGUAAAUUUGCUAUAGAAGUAAAAACUGAAAUUGCUGAUGAAAAAAUUCUCAGUAUAGUUUUCACCUUGUUGCACUUUAUGGUAUUUUUACUUUGUGGUACUUUUACUGGAAUAUUUAAAGUUAUAUAUGACUUUGUUUUGCUGUGAUUUUUUUUAUAGUAUUAUUUACUUUUAUGAUGUCCCUGAUUAGUAUUAUUACUUUAGGACACAAUCUGCAAUUGGUGGACACUGCCCUUUCUGCACAUACAAAUGUUUAUGCUCUACUAAAUUGGCUGUAAUGUUA